GACGCGUCCAUCUCAUUUGAACAGUUUAAUAUGAGGGACGCUGGGGGAUAUCUGUUGAUUUCGGACACGUACAUCUGCUGAAGAAAGUUUAUAAUUUCAAAUAACUUUAGGACCCUCGUUACAUUAGAAGGUUUCAAAAAAGGUGAUCAUGAUGUGUGAUGCCAGUGAAAUGUUGGCAGCCGCUCUGGAGCAGAUGGAUGGCAUCAUUGCAGGUUCUAAGGCCAUGAACUACACCAAUGGCCUGUUUGAUUGUCAGUCACCAACUUCACCAUUCCUGGGCAGCCUUCGGGUGCUACAUCUUUUGGAAGACCUGAGGGUUGCUUUGGACCUUAUGGAUCCCCAGGAAAAGGAGAGUCUGCGUAGUCAGGUUUCCGAAACCACUGCUGAGGGUCUGAUGGAGUGGCUGCAAAGCCAAUUGACCAAUGGCCAUGGAUCUGUAGCAGGGGAUUUGGUCUACCAGGAGCGACUCUCUCGCUUGGAAAGCGACAAAGAAUGUCUAGUGCUCCAGGUAAGUGUUCUGACUGACCAGGUGGAAGUUCAAGGAGAAAAGAUAAGGGACCUAGACUCGAGCCUUGAGGAACACCGCAUGAAACUGAAUGCUACAGAAGAGUUAUUACAGCAGGAGCUGCUUAGCAGGAGUGCUUUAGAGACGGAAAAACUGGAACUGCUGACUGAGAUAUCAAGUCUGAAACUAAAACUAGCCGCUGCAGAAGGGGAUUGCAGAGAAAGUGAGGGUCUUUACCAAGAUGUGAAAGACAUGCACCUCAAGAUGACUUCUAUGGAGAAUGAGAGACAAGAAUAUGAGAGCAGCCUUAACUCUACCAAAGAGGAGCUGAUAUCACUACAAAAGCAGUUGGAGGACAGAGAGCAGGCACUUAGAAGACUUCAGGACCAGGCCAUCCCAGAAAGCCCAAACACAGAACAGUCACAAAGCAGAGAAAAAGAAAUGGAGGUGCAGAGAAUGAGGAGUGCUGUUGAGUCGUUGAAGGCAGCUAAUGAAGAGAAGGAUCUUAAGAUAAAAGAGCUGCACCAGUCUCUGAUCCGUUACAAGAAAGUUCAGGAUAUGGUGAUGUCUGUGCAGGUAUCGAAAGACAAACCCAGCGAAGAAGACACAAGAGAGGGGCUGUGUGACACCGAGACAGUCUCCACAGGAGGCACAGAGGAAACUGAUGAACCUCAGCUCAUCCCAUGUUCAGAGCUGCUCCCUGAAGUGGACCUCACCAAAGUGACCGCACUCGGACCCCAAGCACAGAGACCCACAGACAGUGUCUCUGCAGUACAGCAGCCUGAAAGGUCUCCUUUGACAAGCAAUAAUGAGGAUGAAGCCAGUAAAAAUGGAGGCUCUCCAUCUGUCUCCCCGACUCAGCCCAGCUCAGGGGGGAGUGAGAGUUUUGGCUCUAAAAAAACACGUUCCUCUUUUGGACGUGGCUUUUUCAAGAUCAGAGGAAACAAGAUGACGAGCAGCGCCCCCAGUCUGGUUGAAGGAGAGCGUAAGGGGACGGAGCACUUGGAUUUGGCCGGAGCGCAAACACAGAAGCCUAAAGCGUUAGAGACACUCUCUCCUGAAGGGAAGAAGAAAUCAAAGGGGCUCAUGAAGUUACUUGGAAGGAUGAAGAGAAGCCAGUCCACGUCCUCUGACCUGGAUGAUUCUCCAGAGUCAGAGUUUAGAAGAGGUGGAGUCCGAGCUACAGCGGGACCCAGGCUGGGGUGGUCACGUGAUCUGCAGCGAAGCAAUAACAACGAGCAGGACAGCCCAUUUUCACGCUGGAGUAAAGAGCAGGUGUGCGAGUGGCUGCAGGAACAGGGACUGGGCUUGUAUAUAAAUCAAGCUCAGCAAUGGAUCAGCUCUGGACAGACCUUACUGAAGGCAUCUCAGCAUGAUUUGGAAAAGGAACUGGCCAUCAGACAUCCUCUACACAGAAAGAAACUGCAACUGGCUCUUCAGUCACUGGGCUCAGAGGAAGAUGCCAUGGGUAAACUGGACUACAACUGGGUUACUCGAUGGCUGGAUGACAUCGGCCUGCCUCAGUAUAAAUCUCAGUUUGAUGAGGGAAGAGUGGAUGGGCGCAUGCUUCACUAUAUGACUGUGGAUGACCUGCUGGGUCUGAAAGUGGGCAGUGUGCUUCACCAUCUCAGUAUUAAGAGGGCCAUCCAGGUGCUACGCAUCAACAGCUAUGACCCCAACUGUCUCCGUCGCCGACCAACAGAGAAUAAUGCCACACCAGCAGAAAUCUGUCAGUGGACCAAUCACAGAGUGAUGGAGUGGCUUCGUUCGGUGGAUCUGGCAGAGUACGCACCCAACCUGAGAGGAAGCGGAGUCCACGGGGGCCUAAUGGUUUUAGAGCCUCGCUUCAAUGUUGAGACAAUGGCUCUGCUUCUUAACAUCCCACCAAAUAAGACACUGCUGAGACGUCACCUUGCGACCCACUUCCAUCUUCUGAUUGGCUCAGAGGCACAAAGGCUGAAACAGGAUUAUCUCGAAAACCCAGAUUAUGCCGUCCUCACGGCCACAGCCAAAGUUAAGCCAAGACGUCUGUCAUUUGGAGGUUUCGGGACAUUGAGGCGGAAGCGACAGGAGGAGACCGAAGAGUACGUUUGCCCCAUGGAUGUGCAGAUGCCUCAGAGCAGCAGUUUCCAUAAAGGCCCCUGCAUAUAUGAGGACAGCUUUGAUCAGCUGGAGCAGAUGGAGGACUCCGAGGGCACAGUGCAACAGAUUGGCGCCUUCUCGGAGGGAAUCAACAACCUGACUAGUAUGCUAAAAGAAGAUAAAUUCUUCAGGGAAGCAUCCUCCCGUUCACCUGAAACCAGCACUAACGAUGAAGACUAAGAAUGUUUGAACAUGACAAUCAUCACUUAAGUCUGUAGCUGUGAAAUUUCCCAACAAGUUGAAACCCCCCAGCAAGACACUGUGAUUUCGCAAUGAAAGCGAUAAGCUCCACUCGCAUUAAAUUACACCAUAAAUGCAGUAGUAUAUCAAGUCAAUGGAAUGUUAUUUAUUCAUCUAGGAUCUGCAGUAUAUACCAUAACUCAGACAGUAUUUAUAAGCGUUUCACCCAGCUAAAACCAAAGACUACAUAUAAAAUCAGCUGUUAGUUCUUAAAGAUUUUUAUUGUCUUUUAUACUCUAGGCUAUUAUGUGACCAUUUGCUGCAUGUUUUCAUCAUUUUCCUAUUUGGUUACAUCAAUUUAUUGGGAGGGAAAUGUUGUUUAUUUUGCCUGCAAACUCUUGAUAUUGUUAUGCUAUAACCAUAUCAGUGAACACCAUGUACUAUGUACUGUUUUAUGCGUGUGUGUGUGUGUGUGUGUGUAUGUGUGUGUCAAAGAAAUUCAAUUAAAACUUUUUUUUUUCCAAA